GUUAAUAUCAUAGUGGAUGACGUUAAUGACAAUACACCAUUUUUCAUUGGAGCACCUUACACAGUAAAUGUACCAGAGGGCAUGUACAACAACGAGGUAAUCUUUGAUGGUAUAGAAGGUGAUGAUAAUGAUGGUAACACAGUCAACGGCCAGAUAGACUUUGAUGUUCUUUUUUAUCCAGCUGAUCCGUUGUCAGAGGUGUAUUUUGACAUACCGAAUACUGGAAAAGGGGAGGUGACUUUUGAUGGGAUAUUGGACUUUGAGGAAAAGCAGCAGUGGGUCGUUCUUAUCGAAGUCAGAGAUCGAGGCACGCCUUCAUUAACUAACACAACAACGCUAACUGUAAACGUGUUGAAUGUUGAUGACCAAGCUCCAGUGUUUGUAGGAUGUAACGCUACCAGAUGCCCAGACAUGGAAUACACCUCAUCAAUACUGGAGAAAACAUCAAGAGCAACACCAUUAGAGUUCUUUCCAAACCAAAUCAUGGUUGUCAAUAGUUCUGGAGGAACAGUGGAUCCCCAAUCUGUAACAUUCUCCUUCACAGCAGGAGAACCUUCUACAUAUUCAUCUUUCUUUUCUAUCAACCCAUCUACUGGUGAUGUAAUGCUUCUCCAGCAGGUUCGCCGAACAGAGUAUGCUGUCUUUGUCAUGAAUGUCACAGCUACCAAAGGUGUAAGCAGCAUUACUGCCACAGUGAGGAUAGAGAUUAUACCAAUCAAUGAGGCCCCGCCAUACUUUCAGAGUCAGACUCUGAUUGGUUAUAUUUCUGAGAAUGUCGUACUGGGAACUCAGGUAACCAGCGACAGGGACGGAACUGUGCCUCUGCUCAUCCAAGCUUUUGAUCCAGAUCUGGACCAGGAUGAAGAUUCCACUCUUAACUACCUGCUGAGCGACAACUCCAUUUUUACCACAAACCUUGCCCCAGGAAAUGGAGUGUAUCUUGCAUACAGCGGUCUACCUGAUACUGAUCUGGAUGCGGAAACACAAGACAGCCACAAUGUCUCUAUCGUAGCAAGGCCAAGCAACGAAUCUGGGCAAUUUGAUUCUUCUCAACAGCUUCCGACCCUGUUAGUCACAGUACUGGUCAAGGAUCUGAACGAAGACCCACCACAAUUUCACCGAAACGAGUUCUAUAAUUCCCAGACUGAUAGAUAUACUGUCAAUCUCAAGGACAAUGCUGUGGUCAAUACUGAAGUCAUCUCAAUUCCGGUCAUUGAUCCCGAUGCAACAUCCCUGCCACCAAUCGUCGAUCAUGAAUUUGUCUCCUCACAAGCAAGCUCAUUGUUCUCGGUGGUAAUGGAGGGGAAUAAUGUUGUGAUCCGACUGAUCUCUGCUGGGUCUUUGAUUGCAGACAGAGAGUACAUCAUCCGGCUUCAUGCCACGGACAGGCAGGAUGCAAAUAAACGAUCUAGUGUAUCCAUUUAUAUCAACAUCAUCUUAGGAGUAAAUAAUAGACCACCAGAGUUUAGUCAAACAACAUACUCAACCAGUGCUAACGAAAAUCUACCUUAUAAUGCUCUCGUCGCUACAAUUCAAGCUUCUGAUCCUGAUGGAGAGUUGAUAACAUACAGCAUCACAUCAGGGAACAUCAACAAUGCAUUCAUGACGACUAGUGAUGCUAGCAAUGGAGAAAUUCGGGUCCAGGGCUCCCUAGAUCGAGAAGUCCUUGAUUCCUAUUCACUCAUCUUUGAAGCUUCUGAUGGGAAUUUGACAGCUUCUGUCAAUGUCCUCAUCACCAUCAAUGAUGUCAACGACGAACCGCCUGUCUUUGUUGGCCUGGAUACGUUCUUGAUCGUUGAAGGCGUCAGCAAUGAAUUAGUUGGACAAAUAAUGGCCACUGACGCAGAUCAAGCUGGCACGGCCAACUCUGCCAUCCGAUUCUACUUUGUUCCCGACGUGCCUCAGUUCCGCAUCGAGCCCACAACGGGCCGCAUCUUCACGAUAAUGGCUCUAGACCGGGAGCAACAGGAUGUUUACAUGGUGACUGUUGUAGCCACUGAUACGACUUCUGAUCCCCUCGAAGCCAGCAUUCCGAUCACGAUCAUCGUACAGGAUACCAAUGAUAACCGGCCAAUUUUUGAGACUGAUGAAUACAUCAUUGAGGUGCCAGAGGAGUCUCUUCUGCAAGGAUUUUAUGCAAUUCAGGCUUUGGAUAGGGACAGUGAUGCCCCUCUUCUCUAUGAAAUCACCCUCGGGGACACCAACAUCUUCAGCAUAGAUCCUGUGACUGGAAACCUCUCCCUCAUUAUCCCUCUGGACUUUGAGAAUGGUGCUAGGUCAUUCUUUCUGCAGGUGACCGUCACAGACGUCGAUGUCAAUGGUGAAAAUUUGACCGAUGCCACCAACGUUACAAUUUUAGUUACGGAUGUGAACGACAAUGUUCCGGAGUUUGAACAGCCUCGUUAUGAUGUCAUUGCUCUACGAGAGUACCAAAUAGGAGAUAUAGUUCUUGCAAACAUUACUGUCGUAGACGAAGAUCUUGAAAAUACACCUAAUUCACAGUUAACCUUCCGACUUGAACCACCAUCACAGUUAUUUGAAUUCAUAGACCCAACCCAAGGAAAUCUUUACGUCACAGGUGAUAUUAGCAAUACAUCAAUGUGGCAUAAUUUGACAAUAGUAGUCAGUGAUGGUGGUGAUCCAGCCAACAUAGCAACAGUUCCUCUCUCAAUCCUUCUCAGAGUAGAAAAACCUAUAUUUCCACAAAAUGUCAUUAUUGUGGAUGAUGUGAUGGAGGAAGAGGAACCUGGUGCUCUAGUGGCUGUCAUCGAAGCCCAGGCCAAUGUUGGAGAUGUCAUUGUAUACUCCAUAGUCAACUCAACUGACCCUAGUGCCUUCACAAUGAAUGCAAGUAACAAUGUGGCUACGAUCUACACCGCCAAGACUCUGGACCGUGAGCAGGUGAACAACUAUUCUAUCAAGGUCCAGGCCGACAUACAGGGGGCUGAGCCUGAUGAAAACACCCUACCAGAGGAGACUAACAGGAGACGGAAGCGCCAAGCAGAGAACUCUGAAGUAGCGGAGCCUUCAGAACCGAACGUUGUCUAUAUCUAUGUCAAUGUUGCUGACAUCAAUGAUAACGGACCUUACUUUCCAAAGACAAAUUAUUAUGCUGGAGUCUCUACUGUAGCCAGGGUUGGGACACAAGUCAUUCAAGUCGAGGCCUUUGAUGAUGAUGAGGGAGAGUAUGCUAUAUCCAAUCAUUCCAUCGUUCCUACGGAGGCAGGAAAGUGGUUGUUCAGGAUAGACCAAAGAACGGGCAUGAUCGUUACCAACCAGAGCCUUGAGGGAGAAGCCGCUGGGGGCCAAUUUGAAUACGCUGUCACUGCAGAUGAUCCAAGCAAUAGCUUCCAAACAAAUUCGACGAUGCUCAAGAUAUCUUUGAUCGACAACUCUCAUCGUGCCAUCUUGGCUGGUGAUAUCGAUCCAGAUGUCAUGAGAGAGAACCAAAACGCUCUUAGUGAAAUCCUAUCAGACGUCCUCAAUGCAGACGUGACCAUCGAGUAUGUGAGCCCAAGAGAAGUUGAGAACAGUCUGGACACAACGGGAUCAGACGUUCUCUUCUAUGCUUUGGAUGCUGAAGGGAACCCCAUACUUGGAAAGAACAUGGUUGAAAUCUUGCGUUCUCAAAAUACCUCACUCAACGAGCGUUAUUCCUCCAUCGUGGGUAAUAAGACCAUUACUGAUAUCAGGACGCCCACCGGUACAAUCACAGGCCCUGGUGUCUUCCCUGGCUCUAGUGGACCUACGGUGGAAGCCAUUGCUCUUAUAUGCCUCGCUUGUGUGCUGUUUGUCUGUGUGGUCAUUGCCAUAGGGGUGGUCAUCAUAUCGUGGAAGAAACGAGAAAUGGAGAAGGAGAAAGCAGGUCGAAUGUAUCUCCCAGCAAUGUAUAACACCUUCAAUCCAUAUGGAAAUGGGGACGACUUGGAAAUGGCCCAGUGUCCUGAUAAAGCCUUUCUGCCUUCCACAUCUAAUCCUGUAUAUUAUGAUGAUCAGUCAAUUCAAGCUGAGAAACCAGGAGGAGGACGAUUCAAAAAGCAAAAGAAUUCCAAGGGUUCAAAGAAAAGUGGUACUCCCAGCUUUCUAGCGAGCGAUCAGCUUGAUGGGCAGUUUGAUGGGGAAACACAGGAACGUACUCUUGAGUUUGGGCCUGAAGAUGAGGAAGCCCAAGCUGUAGCCGACAGCAUCCUAGCUGGAACCAGUACUAUGCCUGAAGAUAACCUCAUGAGAUCUGUGACAGCCACUCUACCCGGCAGUGCUGAUCUUGAAUCCUCCCCAUCCUACAGCAACCAAGGAACCCUCCCGGCCUACUCCAGGACUGAUGAACUACCUUCUACCUUCUUCACCCCCGGGACCGGGUACACGAACCACGCCCUCUCCGUCGAUGAUGAACCAGACCUCAAGAGGGAGCUCUCAUCCUCUCCGUACAUGACCAAGUCUAAUCCCCUCAUGGGAAGGGAUGAGGACAAGUCCUACACGCAAUCUGAGGCCUCAUCUAACCCAUCUAAGUCAACCUCCCCUUCGGGAAGCUUUGACCCUCGCAAGCCAUACCCUAGCAGUCUCGCUGAUUCCUACACCAACAACAUCCACCUCGUACGAAUGGGACGGGCAGACUCCCGACCAGGCUCCAUCGACAGUGGACACCAGUCUCUAGAUCGCAGGGCCAAGACGGGUAGUACAUCCGGGACUCCCAUAAAAGUGCCCCCUCCGGUUGCCCCAAAGAUCGCCCAUCCAAGUGCCUUCGGGAACAUCCCUCCAAACAGCGAUGAGGAGAAUGUCAGUGAUGAGAUCUUGAACGGAAUACAAGAUGACCUUUCCAUCCCGCCCGUCCCAGCGUCUGAGAUCUCCUCCUACUCCUACACUAACUCGCCAUCCAGUACACCCCCGAACCCCAAGAGGGCCGCACCCAUGCUUGCUCCACAUGGUGUGAAUCCUGCGGACAUCGAUGUGUCAGGGAUUUCCGGGACGAGCGGAUCCCAAGAGAAUGAUCUUUCGUCUGAGCAUUGGGAAGCCAGUGAUGUCAUGACAACAAUUUUAUAAAAAAGCCAAAUUUUCCAGUUAUUACCUGUCAAACAUGCUGCAAGUUUAUAGGAGAAGUGCUCUUUUAACAGAAUUCUUGGAAUGCAGCGAAUUCUAAAAAUAUAAUCUUAAUACAUUCUAUAAAACUUAAGAUAUCUUUAUUAGCCAAAACGGAGGCCCUGAUGAUAAAGGAUAUUGGUCAGGACUUGUGAAUAGCUCUUUCGAAUAUUCACGAUUGGAAAUCCAAAGUUGCAAAUAUUUGCACCACUGUUCGCAAAUAUUGUUAUAUAUGAAAUAUCAGCACAAUUUCAUGAUUGGCAUCCUGAUUGCCAACAUUGGCACUCAAUACACUCAAAAUAUAUUACAACUCUGCAUAUUUUGUGGUGAAUAUUGAUGCAGGGUCAUCAACAAUUAUACUUAUUUUUGCAAUGUUGCAAAUAAUCAUAUAAUAUGUUUGUGAACUAUGGUUAAGCCUUUCCUCAUUCACAUCCAACCUUCAGGAGUACUUGAUUCAUAAGGAACGGCCAGAGGGAUAAUCUAUAUUUUAUGGUGUGCUGGGAAAAUAAAGGUUUUAAUCAUAUGCUAAGUAUAAUUAUACCUUCUCUAAUAAAGAGAAACUAGUAGAUAAGUUUAUGUUUAAAGCAGUAAUAUUUUUGCUCUGUGUAUUAUCAUUCGCUUGAGUAUACUGCUGAGAUGUUGUACAUAUGAUAUAACAGCUAGUGGUAUACUAUAAACAAGGUUAUGAACCAUCCAUUUUUCAUAUUUACCCUUCCAGAUGUAAAUUAAAAGUAGACAUUUCCUAUGAAGAAUACUUACAAUCAAGUUUGCAUUGCAAUGCAAACUUGAUUGUAAGUAUGUACACAUUUUAGUGCCAUUCAUUUUAGUGCAAUAAGGAUCUUUUUAUAGUAAGUGACUAUUUGAAAUAGAAGAAUGAGAGAAAGUAAAUGUAAAUUUUGGCCAUGUUUGUGUAUAUAAUCAUUUUGACAAAUAUUGUAUAAUGUGUAUAAAAUAUCACCCCCUCCAUUGGUGUUUCAUGCAUGGAUCAUUAGUAUUGUGUAAAAAAUAUAAACAUAACUUAUACAUGAAACAAGUAUCAUAUUUUAUAUUGAAGUGUGCUACCCAUUCAUUUCAAUAAUAACAGAUAUAUUAACAUAUCUUAAUAUAUCAUUUUAUUAUAAUCCUAUUACUCACUCUGGAAUAUGAAUAUUUCAAUCCAAACAACUUUGUAACAUUAUCCGCCCAUUUAUUUACUCACUUUCUAAUGUAAGUUCUUGCCUCACUCAAAAUUCAGCAUAUUUUGCAAACGGUGUUCUAUCAACUUAUUUAUUCUUUAUUUUACUGUUAUUUUUUACUUUGUGGCUCUAAGUGAAAAAGCCAGCUUUAAGGGAAAUUUGCUGCACUAGAUUUUAAAAAUUAAGUUUUAUAUCUGUGAUGGUGUGGGGGCUGUCCUCCUGGAAUUUUGACUUUUUUUAGAGUAGGGAGAGUGUGAAAGUGGCAUCUUGUACCCCUCCCACCCCCCCUCCCCGGACCAGAAAAUAUCACAAAAUCGUUUAGGAUGCUGUAUACCCUUCAUGCUACAAGAAGAAACAUAGAAGGAACUUUUUAUACUUGUUAGGUGUAAAUGUCUUUCACAAGUAUUUACCAAAGUACUGAUGUUUGUGAUACAUGCCUUAUUGUACUAGCACUGUCUACUUCAUCGGCUGUGAGUGAAAAUGUAAAUAUAUUUGUAAAUUAUUCAUUCAUUGGUGAAAAAAUAUGUUCACUCUCUAAUAUAACUAUUUUUGCCAUUUUUGACUGUCUUUUAUUUGCAAUACUGGGAUAGAUAAGGUAUUUUGGGGAAUGGUUUUCAGAGUAUUUUUGCAUACAACAUUGGUGGAAUAUAUUUUUUAAGGUGAUCAAUAUAUGGUUGUGAAAUACACAGACAUUCCACAUGUAGAGUAUGAUUUCAAUUCAUUAUGUAGUAUAAGAAGAUUCUUCAAAAGCUGUUGGUCAUAUUGUUGCCUAUUGAAAAGCAUAAUCUUAAUUUCUGUAGCAAACGGAGUAAAAUUAAUCAAGUAAAUGUUGAAUAUAAUCAUAAUUGAUAUAUAAAUUCUCACACAAGUACUGUAGGUUUGUAUUUGCUCCCAUUCCUUCUUUGUGUUAGGUCUUUUAAUGAAUAAUCUAAUAUUAACCUGUUGGAGAAUGCCUGCAUAUACUGUGGAAAAGUGUGUUCUAGCAUCGUAAUUAAGCCAAUCUCCAAUAGGAAAAAAUACAAAUCUGGUGAUGGGCACACGUAAGUGAUCAUACUUCUAAAAUCUUGACAAACAAUAUUACCAUUUUGUUGAAACAUGUAACAGUAAUUAUUUUUUGUGUGAUUGUUUUCUAAAUUUUGAUUUGUUCCUAUUUAUAAAUAUAAAAAUUUUGAUUUUUGUUUCAAUCAGUGGAAUUAUACAUCAUCACCCCACAGCAUCUAUGUAUAUAUAUUUUUUAUUUGUUUACUAGUAAUCUCUUUUUAUCCAGUAGCGCAACCUGUUGACUACUAUACAGAAUUCAGUAGUUAACAGGAUAAAAUAAGAUAAACAUGAUUGUAAGAUUAUUAAAUAAGGUAAUAAUUAUAUUAUGAGUUUUCAAAUAAAACGUGCAACAAUGGUGUUUUUUUUAGUUAUCAUUUGCAGGUUAUCUUCAUUUUUUGUAGACAAUAACACUGUGUGUAUAAUCAGAUAACUGUUCUCUAUUGUGUGUACUUAAUUCUUGCGUUGUUAACAUGUAUUCUGAUGAAAAUGAUACAUUAGCAAAUGUACAUGAAUGUUAUUAUUUUCAUCAGCAUUAAAACUACAGCAUAGGUGUUCAAAUCUAAUUAAUAUGAAAGGAGAUAUGACAUUUCUGUUAAACAUGUACUAAUUUUAUUGGAUAUUAUUAAAUGUCAUGCUAAUUAGUAGUCCAUAUAUCCUAUCUGUUCUGUGGGUGGAAAUAUGUAAUUUGAAUACUUCUCACUCCCUGUCCAUUACUUGUUAACUACAUAUCAUAUGUAAAUAAUAUUGUAUGUUAUUUUUAUAUAUUGGAAUUGCCACAAUAUGAAUUCAUACAUCUCUCUACGUAGAAAAAUAUUUCAAUGUUGGUGGAUGUAGUACUCUGUUCAUGAAAUAUAUAUAUAUGAACAUUUUUAUCGCAUAAUGAGGGAAAUUUCACUUAGUGAAAAUGAAAACAAAUGAAUGUGAAAUAACCCCACAAAAUUUGAGGAAAAAUCCUUCAUUUUGGCAGAGUAUGUUAAUCGCUGUUGGCAAAAAAAAAAAGAAUUUCUGUCUGUAAGCCAUGUACAUGUAGUUAUAUGAUAUUUUGUAUGCAGGAGGAGAGUACUAUACAUUUUUCAAAAAUUGCACAAGGGGAAAUCUUAUAUUUAUAAAGACUUGUCUGCCUAAGUUAUCACAAACGUUUCACUGUCGUUGCACCACCUUGUGCCUUGAUUCUAUUAAUAUCCCAUGUUGACACAAAUUACGGUAAUCAUAGAAUUGCACUUACAUGUAUAAGUCUUUGCAAAUUUUUGACAAGAUGAGCUCACCGCACUUUUAUAAUUCUCAUUGUGAUACCAUUUGAAAGAAAUUUAAAUAUAUUUAGAUAUGAAAAAUAAUAACAUAAAAUCAGCUUAUUAUUUCAAUUCUAGUUACCUUGUGAGUUGAUAUUGAAAACUGGAACUGUCCUGGAAUUAAUACUUCCAUACAAAACAAAUGUUGAAUCAGCUUCAGUUUUGUUUACAUUUGAAUUCUUUUCUAUAUUAAUUCCAACUUUUUAAUAUUGAAAAAACACUUUGACCAAAGCACUUAGUCAUCUCAGUGUGAAAUUCAAGAUCUAAGCUAUAUAUUUUAAUGAAAUCUAUGAUUGGGUGAAUUUUUUUUAGACAAGCAAUACAAAAUUUUUUUUAAUUUUUAUUUUCUGAAGUUUUGAAUAAGUCCUAGACUUUAUAUCAUACUACACUUUUGAUAUUACUACAGUUUGAGGCAUUUUGCAGAAAAGACUGAUUUUACCUCCAAUCUUUAAUACACCAUCUUAUUUUGCUGAUCCUAUUCAUGUUUUAUUACUUAUAUCAAAUAUAAUUAUGACUUUCAAAAUGGGAUUAUAGGCAUGAAUGUCAGAAGAUACUGUUUUUUAUUUAAUCAGAUGAAUUGACAAUUUGGAGGGUACAUUUCAUUUCCCGUCACUAAUGGGUCAUACAGUAUAACUGAAAAUAUAUCUGUGAAUGUGCCUGACAUAUUUAAAUAGUUAUAUAAGAAUUGUAGAUUUAUUAAUUGAUGUAAUAUGUUUUUAGAAUGAUAUUCACCAACGAAUGUAGAGGGCAGCAAUUUUUUUAAUUGACUUGUAUAUUAAGUUGUUUACCACAUGUAGUUUAUCUCUGUCAAUGUUCCUAUUCCUUCUGCUUACUCUCUCCCUCUCUCUUUCUAUAAUUCAUCUUUCUUUCCUUUACUCCUUCAUCCUAUUUAUCUUUCUGUCUUUCUCUAUUCUCUUUUGCUAAAUCUAUCUCCCUCCUUUUCCUAUAUCUUCUCCAAGUAUGUUUCACUUUUGUUACCAUCAAUAUCAUCAGACCAAGCUAACUCUUAUUUGAUAAAGGAUGCAUCCAGAACACACAAAAAUAUAGUUAUUAUUAUGGUAUCUGUUAAUGAAAAUAGGAUAUAUGGUGGCUUAAUCUUUGCUAAAAUCUUCUUUACUUUUUACAUUUGAAACAAAAAUUUCUCCCACUUUAUAACCAAUGUACAUUUGAAUAGUAAAUACAUUCUCAGAGAGUUUAAUAGAAUUUUUUUUUUAAAUGAAUGAUUUCUUGACAAAAUGGGGAAAAUAAUUAUGUCGUUAUUAGGAAAUAUUAACUGUUAAACUUGACAAGAGUCAUAUAUGUUUUAAAAGAAAUUCUGCACCCAUCAAUUUGUUGGUGUAUGCCAAAAAAGAUCUGAUUUUAUACAUCACUUGUUCAAAAAUGACAUUUUGUUCUACUUCUUUAGGGGCAUUAGAGGACAUCUUUUAUUCUAUGUAGAAUUGGAUGAUAGAAGAGGGAAACAUUCAACUCUGCUUUGAGCUUAUUAAAUAUUUCUGAAAUUCAUAUGGUAUAUAAAUUGAAUUAACACUUUUGUCAUUAUGUAUAUUAUCUUUUUUUUACACAACUCAUGUUACUGUAAGUACACUAUUAUGUAUGAAUAUGAUGCCCUCGAAUUAUUUGCAUAUCUCAAUCUAAACUCUUUAUGGCAAAUUGCCUAUAUUUUACGAUUGCAGAUGGCAAAAUCUACUUUUAAGUUGUCAUUUUGCUCAUUUGAUUUUUGUUUCUCAUGCAAUAUUUGAAUUUUGAAUGGAGAGACAUCAUAUAUGUGUAUGCAUUACAUGUACAUCAGUGGCGGAUCCAGGGGAGGGGGGUACAUCCGGCCCAUACCACCCCUUUUGAGAGCCAUAAUCAAAAUUUGCAAUGUAAAUAUACCGUGUGCCCCCCCUUGCUUGUCAAAUUUUCCAUGGACGAAAUGACCUUCAAUUUUAGGUGAAAACCUAAAAUGUGCCCCCCCCCCUUUAGAAUAUCCUGGAUCCGCCCCUGAUACAGUCCAUAGUUCUUUUUCGUUUUUGCUUGUAUUAUAAAAGAAAUAUAGAUUGCCAUCAAUUUAUAUAUACGAUGUACAGGGUUUAGAAAGUGGAGAGUGCAAUUUAAUAAAUUAAAAAAACACCAGAUUCAUAAAGCUGCGUUUGUAUUCUUUCGAUGUCAGUUCUAGUGUAAACGGAACCUGCAUAUAAGUUACACCUAAAUCACAAUGACAUCCCUUCUUGAUUUAGAGGUUUUGAGGAAGUAACUCAACAACUAUGUCUCUACACUUAUUGUCUAACUUGUGAUUCAGUGGCAGUGUCGUAUCCGAGGCCGUCUCAACCAAGACCAAGG